AUGGAGUCGCGUUCCAAAUUUGCAUGUCUCUACAUCGGUGACGAUUCCGACGAGGAGUUCACAGUCGUCGGAGGAAGCAAAUGCUCAUCGAAAACGAAUAAUUCUUGUAGAUCAAAAUCUAUGGGGAUAAAGCAACCGAAGAGCGGUGGGCAGCUGAUUGUGCACGCUGUCCAAAAACGUCCUAAAGCAAAAAAGGCAAAUAGGGAGAAAGUCGUCGAUGGGGCAACUGGACUGAUCGUCCAAGGAGCUGAUGACCACUAUCUUGCUGAACAGAAAUAUCGCGAGGGUGACCAAAAUACGCCCCCAGUUGGUAAGAUAUUGCGUCCUACCGGUGAUGAGUCGCAAAAGCAAAACUCGCCAUCUUUUAAGUUUGAAGAGAAUACCGAUUCUGAGGUUAUCCAGUUCUAUAAGAAGAAACUUGCUGAGGCUCUUGACCAAGCGGCCACAGCAAAACAGGAGACACAGUCUGUGCAAGCUGAGCUAGAGAGAUAUAGAACACGGUACCGAAAAUUGGUUGAACUCUUCCGGGAUGCUGAACUCACUGAGAAAGCGAAAUUAAUAAUCGAAUUGGACAAGACUCGAACCUCAGAAGCUGAACUGUCUUCUCAGCUUGUUGUAACACAGAAAGAAUUGGAGCAAUGUAAAAGCAAAUUGAGAGCUCUUGGAGCCUUGGUUAGUCGUUGGUGGUCAACAGUCAUAUGA